AUGCCUGUGCCAGGCUGGUUUCGCGGCAAAUUGAGGUCCAGGUCCAAGCCCAAGCCCGGCGCCGCGGCCGUCUCCUCCGCCGCCUCCUCCCCCUCGCGCAAGUCCGUCGACCUCGACUACCCGUCCCCGUCCCCGUCCCCGACCCCCCGGGCGCGGGAGAAGGCCCGCAGCCUCGACUCGCCGGCCGCGCGCCAUGGCCGGGGCGGCGCCGAGUUCCAGUACAAGCUCCCGGUGCCCGUGAUUAGCCCGGACCCACUAUGCGAGGAGGCCACGGAUGUGGCGGGCUGCUCUUCGGCCUCGGGCUCCAGCGUGUGCUCUUCGCCGGAUGACGCGCCGGAUCACCACGUGUCUAGGUCCAUGGAUCCAAUUGCUUUUGCCAAGGGAAGAGAUAUGGCAUCUGACACAGCUAUGAUCUUAAAUGAAGACAAACACUUCAUGUCAUGUAGUAUGCCACGGGAGCAUCACAAGUUCUUUGAGGCGAAUGUUUCUAACAUGAGGGCUCUUCAUGUGCAUAAUAACGAUGAUCCUUCAACUAGCGAAGCCAGUUGUUCACGUGGCAGAAUGUUGACUGAAGAUAUAUUUGGUCCAAGAACGAGAAGCCCAUCCCCUGGCCGAAAAGCCCAUGCCUUUGCUGUGAAUAAUGUACAUUCAAAAGAAUUCGGGUUUAGCCCCAGGUCACCAUUGAAAAUGAGUGAGGGUUUGAGAAGCCCGCCUCAUCCCUUGCCUCUUCCUCCAGCUCCCGGUGCUUGCCCACCUCUACCUCCAUCUCCCACUGCUUGUUCACCUCUUCCUCCAUCUCCCACUGCUUGCUCGCCUCUUCCUACAUCUCCUACUGCUUGCUCACAGUCCCAAUCACGGUGGAAAAAGGGGAAACUAUUAGGGAGUGGAACAUUUGGCCAGGUUUACCUUGGAUUUAACAGUGAAAAUGGGCAGUUUUGCGCGAUUAAGGAAGUGCAAGUAAUUUCAGAUGAUCCACAUUCGAAAGAACGACUCAAGCAACUGAAUCAGGAAAUAGACAUGCUUAAGAAAGCAUCGCACCCGAACGUUGUGCAAUACUAUGAUAGUGAUAUGACUGAUGAGACCCUUUCAAUUUAUCUUGAGUAUGUUUCUGGGGGCUCAGUUCAUAAGUUACUUAGGGAGUAUGGCCCUUUUAAGGAACCUGUGAUUCGCAGUUAUACUGGUCAAAUUCUCGCUGGUCUUGCGUAUUUGCAUGCGAAGAACACUGUCCACAGAGAUAUUAAAGGAGCAAACAUACUUGUUGGCCCUAAUGGUGAUGUUAAACUUGCCGACUUUGGCAUGGCUAAGCAUAUAUCAUCUUUUGCUGAAAUACGCUCUUUCAAAGGAAGUCCUUACUGGAUGGCUCCUGAGGUUAUUAUGAACAGCAAAGGUUACAAUCUAGCUGUUGACAUUUGGAGUUUGGGAUGUACAAUUAUUGAGAUGGCAACGGCAAGACCUCCUUGGCACCAGUAUGAAGGGGUAGCUGCAAUAUUUAAGAUUGCAAACAGUAAAGAUACACCUGAAAUCCCAGAUAUUUUUUCUGAGGAUGGGAGAAGUUUUUUGAAACUAUGCUUAAAACGUAAUCCAGCAUCUCGCGCCACCGCAAGUCAGUUGAUGGACCAUCCUUUUGUUCAGGACCAUCCAGCAGUAAGAGCAGCAAAAGACAGUGCAUUGAGAAAUGCAUUUUCUGCUCCAGCAGAUGUGAAGCAUACAAUGUCUAACAGGGAGUUGCCAUCACGAAGAAGUAUUACUCCCCUAAGGGAUAUAGGUGUGAGUGCGCGAGAUUUUACCGGAUUUUCUACAACUGUCCCUUCACCCCGUACCUCGAGCAGCCCUAUUCCUGUGAGAACAAACAUGUCUCUACCGGUGUCCCCCUGCUCAAGCCCACUGAGGCAAUUUAAGCAGUCCAACUGGAGCUGCUUGCCGUCUCCGCCCCACCCAAUGCUCUCGUCUGGUGCUGCGGCUUACAAUUCAUCAAGCUACGCGCUGAAUCAGGCACGACGGAUGCCGGAUCCCUGGCAGGAUGGCUCCUUGAAACUCCAUAGUCCUUACGGUUCUCCAAAAAGGUUCUAA